CCUUGACAAAAGGGGCGUGUCCGGGGCCCUGUCAUGUGACUCAGGCCCUGGCUUUGCACCGACAUGGAGCCGGAAGAGGGGACGCCCUUGUUGCGGCUGCAGAAGCUUCCAGCCGAGCUGGGCCUGCAGCUCCUUCACAAAGUAGUAGAUGGUAUUUGUGGCCGAGCUUAUCCUCUUCACCAGGAUUAUCACAGUGUAUGGGAUUCAACAGAAUGGACGCAUAUUCUAGAAGAUAUUACCAAAUUUUUCAAAGCUGUAGUUGGUAAAAAUUUAUCUGAUGAAGAGAUAUCUCAACAGUUGAAUCAAUUGAAUUCAGUUCAUCAGGAAGCUGUCAUGAAAUGUUUGAAAAGUAGGAAAGAUGAAAUCAAGCAGACUCUUUUAGAAGAAAUAGUUGGCAUUUCUUCUGCACAGCUAAAGGAUUUUGAUUGGCAACUAAAGCUUGCACUUUCUAGUGACAAGAUUGCUGCAUUACAUAUGCCACUUUUAAACCUCCAUUUAGAUGUAAAAGAAAAUGGUGAAGUCAAACAAUACUCUGUUGAAAUGAAUAAAGAAGAGCUUCAGAAGCUAAUAAAUUCCUUAGAAGCAGCUAAUAAGGUGGUCCAGCAAUUGAAAUAACUGGGAAUGUUGAAUACAACACUCAGAUUCCGCUGCUGUUACCAGCAUGUUGAAUGAAGCUGUGUGUUCAGAAAACCUGCAGCAUACUGAUGUUUAUAGCAGUGUGGGAAAGCAGUACUGAGAUCACCAAGAUAAUACUUCCUAGAGAACAGGAAAUUACUUGGUUGACAAGAAAUGCAUAAAAAUGAAAGAUGAAAAAAAAAAACUGUAAUAGCAGUAUAUAUUUUUGUAAUGACUUUUGCUUCAUUUAUUAAAUAUUUCAGAACUCUUUGUAGAUAGUCUUAUUGAAGGCCAAAAAUAGGUUUUAACGUAAUGUAAGCAUACAAAGCACAAUUAUACUUGAAUAUUGCUUAAAGAAAUGUGUGAAUAGCAAGGAUAUGUAUUAUGGAUAUAUGUGCUUAAUUAGUGAUAUUAAAAAUAACUUGUAAAGGAUAUGUAAGCUGAAUAUAUUAAUAUAACUCAGGAGAUUUCAUAUCAUGUCAAAGGAAAGAUUAUAGAUUUCUUAGAGAAAAUUUCUUAGAGAAAGUAGAUCUUUAGACAGAAACAAGAGACAGAAACUACAUCUGUGGGUAGUUUUGAGUUUAACAAUUCUGAAAACAUACUAUGGACAGGAAAAGGUGAAGACAACACUUUUACAUCCAUAUUUCUACAUCUGAUCAGGGAACUGAGCAAGUAAAAAAUAGAAGUCAUUGUACAGUGUAUAUGUUGGCAUUUAAAUAUCAGCUAGGACAAAGCAAAGUCUACUUUUGUUAUAAUGUCUUAAUAUUGAAUUUAACAGUUUUGUACAUUAAUUUCAUUGGAAAACAAUUUUUAGUUUUAGUUAACUUUAAAAACAAUCUAAAAACAAUCGCUCUGAACAAAUAAAAAUAUUUCAUUUUUAAAUGU